UAAUUACAUUGUUUUAUGUUUUAAUGAGUUACGGAUCGUUUUUGCGUAAAAAAAGUGACUAUACGUUUAGUAAUGUUAAAUUGAGUGAAAUAAAUACAUGUUGUAAUGGUGUGUGGUGUUUUCCACAGUUUGGUACACUCUAUUAUGAAACGCUGUACCUUAAAUCGAGUAUACAACAAUUUUCCUACGUAUUAAUAAUUUUCCGCAGUUAGGUUUAUUUAAAAUGUGAAUUCAUUGGCUGGCUGGAUGGAUGGAUAGUUUAAUAAUUUGUGGGUAGGUGAUUGCUUUAAAAAAACAUUUUAUAGAAUCUAUGUUAUUUUAUUUAACCUUUACUGGAGUGUUUUUGCUUCUCAAGUCAGAGUGAGUUGUAAACAAAUCUAACAUCCACAUGUACUGCUGCGAAAUGGGAAAGAAUCAAUGCAAUUUCAUCGCCCAACUCUUCAAAAAUUUGAUUGUGCAGCAGAGAAGGUUCAAUUUCGACAUGGACGCCAGUCCUGGUUUUGUCAACUUCCUCCGUUCAGGUAAAGUUGAGCUUUGUCUGUCUCCGGUUCCAGUGUCCUACAGGUGGUUGUUGGUGUUCUCCGGGUUUUUCUUUUGACCCUUCCCUGACUUUUCCUUGUGUGUUUUUCUCCCUUCUGCCAGCAGCCAGCACUCGGCACGGCCGGGGUGAAUUUGAAUUUGAAUGUGAAUAGACGAGUCCAGCUGCACGAAGAUGGCGCGAUCGCAGGAUUACGUUCAAAUUGCGUGGACCGCGCCUUUCUAGUCUCCGCAAAUCUGUUUUCAAAAGUCCCCCUGAGACAAUCUGGACGAUGCCUUUCCACCAGAGGAGCGUGGAGCCGCGGCGAGUGAGCAGGUUGCCGGCCCGGGGCAAGGCGAGGAGAGCGGCGGCGCCGUUCGCGUCGCUGGCCGAGGUGGGCUGUCACACGCUCGGCAACGUCAUCCGCCAACUGGCCGACCUCUCCCGCCUGGCCGCCGACGUCUUCCUGGGCAUCGAGUCGGAGGCGGCCGCGGUGGCCCGGAGGUCGUGGCGGCUCCAGGGGCGCCUGCGCACGCUGCACGCCCGAGUCGGCGUCCUGGAGCCCAAGAGAGUCCCGAUCCAGCACAGGGGCCGGUCCCACGCCCCUCCCACCACUCUGCCUGCGUGCGCGUGUGUGUGUGUGUGUGUGUGUGCGCGUGCGUCCCUGAGGACCGGACCGCCUCGGGGUGGAGUGAUGAUGGCGACGGGGGGGCCGAGAAAGCGAGAGCGCGAGAGCGAGAGCACGAUUGUCCGCACAGCAGACGCUCGCUCGCCGGCGCCGAGCGAUGAUGUGAGCGCAGAACUUCGUCUUCUCCGAUUAUCUCGGAUUUAUCCCGAUCGUGGAAUUAUGGUCUUCAUUGGGACCUCCCUGAAGUCGGUCAUUAAGUAUUUCAAGAGGAAAGCCGUGUCCAGCCUGGACGAGGAGAGCAAGUGGACGGUCCACUACGCGGCGCCGUGGCACCAGCAGGAGAACGUCUUCCUGCCGGGCAGCAGACCGCCCUGCGUGGAGGACCUCCACCGGCAGGCCAAAGUCAACCUGAAGAGCGCCCUGCGAGAAUGUGACAAGUUGAGAAAAGACGGCUUCCGCAGCUCGCAGUACUACUCGCAGGGGCCCAUCUUCUCCGACACGCCGCAGUCAGGCAGCAGCCUGCACGACGACGAUGUCGACGACGACGACGAGAAAAAGUCUCUGGCGUCGGCGGCGGAAGACGAUCGGUCCCGGCCGUCGACGAGGCCGCAGACGCCCGGCGACGAGACGCCCGGCAACGAGACGCCCGGCAACGAGGCCGACGUGACCGGAGGCCCCGCGCUGCCCACCCCGGAGGAGAGGAUGAGGCGGACGGCGCAGUCCGUGCCCACCGACAUCGUCGCCAUCAACGUCACGGGCGCCGUGUUUGACCGGCAGGCGAGCGUCCGGCGCUCCCUGGUUAACGCGGACACGGUUUCCCGCCGGCCCAAGAAGGUCAAACGCAGAAAGACUAUAUCGGGGCUGCCCGACGACGUCGACCUGGAGCUAGCCUCGCAAGGACGCGGCGGAGAGCUGCGACCGCAUUCCAUGUUCGUCCCGGGACAGUACUCCACGCUGGGCCGGGCGGGGAGCGUCAACUCCGCGCUCCGGCGCUCCCGCACUCGAGAUUCCGGCUGCCAGACGGAGGAAGUGAAGAUCGUCCCGCCGUCCGUGAGGAGAAUCCGCGCUCAGAGAGGACAGGGAAUCGCGGCCCAGAUGGCCGGCAUUUCCGCUUCCUCCUCCACCGGAAGUUUAUCCGUCUGCAGCGGCGACGGCUCCGCCGUCCUGACGCUGCCCCGUCAGCGUAUCGGGGACCCGUCGCGAUUCAACAGUCUGCCGCGCCAAGGCGCCAGGGUGUCCCUCGGCGCGGACCCCAUCUGCAGCAGCACUCCCAUCAAGUCGGAAGUCGAGUCGGGAGACCGCGGCGCCCCGCAGAGGCAGAUCGGAAAGCUCCAGGCCGACGACACGGCGGUGCACGUGAGGAACGCUCCGAGGACGGGCACCGUGCCCAGGCCCAGGUCCCAGGAGGUGAGGCGGACGCGGUCCAGCGAGUGGGGCGGCGGUCCGGCCCGCGUGGUGUCGCCGCACGCCGCCUAUUCCACGUCGCUCAUCCCCAACGCCACGCUGUCCGGUUCUUCCGAAAUCGUCGCUCUCAGCGCCUCGGGGCAGCGUUCCCGCUCGCCGACCUCCGCCCACCCGAGGGCUCGGCCUCUCGGUCCGGCCCCCUACGAAGACCGCAGAGCCCCCGGCCCGGCCGCUUUCACCCGCAGCGCCGCCUGUCCGGAGCCCGCCGGCGAGUCGGGGUGCACCUCGGCGGAGGAGCAGUGGAUCUACGACACGCCGGAAAACCUGCCGGUCCCGCACCGCACUCUGACCUCCAGCUACUCCACGCCCAUCAACCAGCUGUACACCAGCCUGGAGGCGUCAUCCAGGACCACCACCGAUUCCGGCUCGCUCUAUUCCCAAGACAACGACGGCUAUUACACCUCUAUGCACCUGGACUCGGGCCUGCGGUCACACGGCCACGGCAGCGGGCACGGGGCGGCGGCCGCACGGGCGACCAGACACAGCAUGUACGAGUGCCGCGAGACGGCCGGUCAGGACGAGUACGGGAGCUCGUACGCCGAUCGCUCUCUGUCCCGCAGCGUUUCCCUGCGUAAGUCCAAGAAGCCCCCGCUGCCCCCGACCCGCACGGACUCCCUACGGAGGAAGCCCGGUCCCAAGAAGCCCAUCGGAGGGGUUAGCGCCAUCGGCGGCGCGGGCGAGGUAAAUGACGGCACGCUGAACGAGAGUCUGAUCGCCACCCUGCAGCAGAGCCUCCAGCUGGGGCUGAAGCCCGGCAAAGGCCAGGGCGCCUCUCCGUCGUCGCCCUCCCACAGUCCCAGCAGCGACUACGAAGACCCUUGGGUGCUGCGUCCGCGGAGUCAGAGCAGCGUCAGCGUCGGAAGCUCGGCGACGUCGCUAGCCGCCGGCGCCAACGGCGUGUCCGACGCCUACUCGCUCUGCCACGUGACCCCCGCGAACAGCGACACCAGCAGCUUGCGAUCCGACUACGCCGACUCUUGGGGCUUCUACAUGGAGUACCCUCGUAACCACGGCGACCAGAGCGCUCCGACCCCCGCGGCUCAAACCGCGGACGGCUUGUCGACCGGACCUCAACCGGGAGAGCGGCAGAGCGGAAGCGACGUGCACGCUGACGACCGGGAUCCGGGCGUUCCGGUACAGGAGGAAAGCGCGGCGGCAAAAGCCAAAACGUCCUCCCCGGAGCGAGUGCACAGACUGACUUCGCCCUCCAGCGGCUACUCGAGCCAGUCCAACACCCCCACCGCCGGAACGCCGGUCCCCUCCGGGAUCAGGUCCGCGUCUCCUUCGGGCAGCCGCCCCAGACCCAAAGUCCCGGAGAGGAAGUCCUCUUUGCACUCGUCCGUGUCCAUGUCCUCGUCCUCCACCUCCCUCUCCUCCAACACCUCAGACUCGCUCAAGAGUUCCGGGCCGCCCGCGCCGCCGCCCCUCCCCCCGUCCUCGUCCUCGGCUCCGACACCGCCGUUGGCUCCCGUUCGGCCGCCGAGCCCGCCGCAAACGCGUAGCCCGCCCCCGGGGUGCUCCACCUCCCCGGAGUUCCCGCCGCCGCCUUCGCCGGAAACGCUGUUCCGCCCCGACGCGUCCCCCAACGGCGGCUUUAGUCCGCCGCCCCCCCCGCUGCCUUCUUUCGUCUCGUUCUCUUCCUCCCCGUCCCCUGUCACGACGGCGCCCGUGGUACCGAACAGUCCCGCAAAGUCGCCCGUGCCCCUCGUCACGGCGUCAGCCCUGCGGAGCGUCCAGCUGCGCUCGGUCCGACGGACGGAGGAGACCGAGACCCGCUCGGACUCGGAGAAGUCUUAUUCCCAGCAGCGACCCGCCUCGGCGCACCGGGAGGAUGCUGCUCCGUCGUCUGCGUCCGAGCUGCUGGGGGAGUUGUCGUUGGAGCGCAGCAUUGCGCGCGACGCCCCCGAUCGUCUCGUUAUCAACGGGAAACCCGAGGGGCGGAUCUGCCUUCUUCCCGACGAAAUAGAAGAGAGGCAGAAAGCGUUGCCGGGCGACGGGAGCCCCCCCGUCAAACAGAAGCCCCCCGUCGUCGCCAAGAAACCCAAAUUCUCUUUUGUCCUGCCGCUGAGCCCUCGGCCGGUCCGGGUGUUCCUGUCUCCGUGCGACGACACGGACGCAGCGUCACAAUCGCGAGAACACGAGCAAGAAGAGAACGAAGAGGAGACGCGGGAGCACCGGGAAGAAAGUUGUGAGACGUCGGCAGAAAUCCCGGAUGAGUCUCAUACGCCCACCGGCUCGGACCGGGAACCCUUGCAGAACGGAGAUGCCCGCGAGGACGAGGACGGCGCGAGCAGCACGGCGGGCUCCGUCAGCUCCAAGGAGGACGACGCAGGUGACGUGUUCGACCCCAACGCGGACGAGUCGCCCCCCGACUCCCGCGGCAUGGUCACCCCGACUCCCGCCGCCGCCCGGACCACCGAGGACCUCUUUGCCGCCAUACACAGGUCCAAGCGGAAGGUCCUGGGUCGCAAAGAGUCUGAGGAAGACAAGCCGGGGAGUCACUCGCAGUCGCCCCCUUUGACGCCCCCCUGCGGGUCCCCAGUGGCGGCGCCGGCACCGGCGCGCCCGCCGGGUUCCAUCCAGCGCCAGCUGCGCAAGUCGGCCACCAGCAGCGACACCUUCAAGGCGCUGCUCCUGAAGAAGGGCAGCCGCUCGGAGAGCAGCUUCCGGAUGUCCGCCGCCGAGAUGCUGCGCUCCACAGACCCCCGCUCGCAGCGGACGCGCUCCGAGUGCGCCUCGCCGGAGCUCUCGCCGCCACGCAGCCCCCGAGGCAAGCGGGCGGCGGACGAGUGGCGCCGCUACGAGGCGCUCGCCCUGUCGCCGCCCGCGUCCUCGGCCUUCAAGUACGGCCGCUCGCGUACGCCCCCUUCGGCCGCCAGCAGUAAAUACAACGCCCGAUGUCGCAUCCUCAGCAGCCCCAUGACCGUCAUCUGCGAACGCGACGGCGAGUAUGCCGACGCCAACGGCACUUUAUCGGACGACGGCGGGAGUUAAGGACUCCGUUCGGGUCGCCGGACUACGCCCGAACGCGGCUUGAGGUUUUGGGGGGUUUACAAUUUUAUGUUUGAUUCUGUCGGUGACUUUAACCUGUCACAAUUACAGGCUGUUCGGAAAGUCACUCUUGCGCCCUUUUAUUAACACACGUGCUUCAGUGAUGUACAGUGUUCGCCCGUUAUAUCGCAGUUCAUCAGUCGCACCCCUGCCAAAUCUCGUUUUUAGACUUUUCAGUGCUACCUUAACUUGCGACUGCUUAACUUUCGAGAUUGAAGUCUGCCCAACAACGGAGAGCCGCAGUCGCCAACACACGUUCGGCUCUCAACAGUCACGCGCAGUUACUAUUUUUCUUCAUGAAAAACACAACAACAAAAAUUUGGGGGGUUCUGAAUGAAUGAUUAAUGGCCUUUCAAUACAUUUCAUUGGGGAAAUGUCUUUGACAUGCGAGUAAAUUGAGAACAAAUUCAACUCUUAAGUCAAGGUACCACUGCGCUUCCUGUGAUGCCCACGCGUGUGGGGAAGGAGAGCCACAGUCGCUGAUGCACUUUGCAGCCAUUUAUUAAACGGCAACAAUGGGCACGCUUGCGCGGGUGCUGUUGUCGGCCACAGCCCGCAUCCAGAUGCUCGGGCGCAUACUCUAUGAUGUCACAUGCUGCCCCACCGGGCCCCGCCUCUUAAAGGCACGUGCAUUUUCAACACAUUUUACACUCGCAAAUGUAAUUUUUUCCACGUUCAAAUACAUUUACAAUGUGUUUCAAAAGUGUGAUGUAAUAAGUUGAACUGUUUUAAAUUACGGGACUUCACCGCGUGUCAAUGACGAUCGUGCGCCGUGACUUUCCGAACGCGCCGAACAAUCAAUUUCGCUCAUUUCUGUUCCGGUUGGCUCAUAAAUCUCUUUGUCAAUUGUAGAUUUUGCACUGUGCGUAGUUGUCAUCCUUUGUGUGUGUUUGUUUGAAAGAAUGUUUUCCUUAAAAUAUUUUCAGAACUGCUCUUUUUCUUGUUGUUCUUUUGGUCGCCGUGGUUACCAAAGAGCUAAUAAACGAACUUUACUCGGCUGUGAGCUGUCGUUGACCCUUUCAAAGUUUAUCCUGACACACUUUUAUAUUGUUAUGUAUGUAAAUAAAUAGAAAUGAAUGUUUUAAGUCACAACUGGA